UAAUAAACAAAAAAAAGUGACCAAAAAAGUGUACGUUUUAUAUGAAUGAUGUGAUUUGUGGCCAUUUUUGUAUGAAUUGUUGUCAAUGUUUGUCAAUGUUUUGAUGGUAUUAUUGGAUCACAUGAUAGUGUGACUCGUGAUCUGUAUUAGUAUUGUUUGCCAAACUUGAAUCAAACAUUGAAUUCAUGGACCCAUUGAAUGAUAAUAACAGUUCACAUGAAGACACCAAUGAAGAACAGAUUACUGCUAAUGAAGAUGAAGACGCUGCCAUCGAUUCAAAUGAAGAAAACUCGGACUCAAUGAGAGGUCAAUCUCAACAAACUUUUGAUUCAGAUAGCGGUUCUGUUCAGUACCAGUUCAAGACUGAGAAUGGACAGGGAGGAUCAGUCACUUAUAGAGUGGUCACUGUUGAUGACUCGCAUCCAACGCAUACAGUGGUAACGCCAACUAUAGUGAGUCCAAAUCAACACAGCUCUGUAGCACUUUUAACGGCCCAUUCGGGCAAUCCUUUUGGUGCAGCGACUCAACAAUUGGCGGCCGCCAGUGGUACCGAUGGACCUUUCUAUGUGAUGAUGGCUCCCACUCAAGAAAUUAUAUCUCAUUCCACAACUAAUAUUCGCAGAACAAGAAGUGCUACUGAAGGAGGGGGUACUACUCGAGUGGCUAGAGAUGAGAAACGAAGGGCCACUCAUAAUGAAGUGGAGCGCAGGAGAAGAGACAAAAUUAAUAAUUGGAUAAUAAAGUUGUCGAAAGUUGUUCCCGAUUGCCAACAGGACCACACAAAACAAGGACAAUCAAAGGGAGGCAUUUUGGCCAAAGCCACUGAAUAUAUUCAGGACUUAUGUGCAGAAAACGCCCGAUUAAAUGAAGUUCUCAAAGAAAAUGAAAUAUUAAGUAAUGAAUUGGAUGCAAUUCGGCAACAGUUUGUUGACACCAAAAAUGAAAACCGACGGCUAAAAGCACUUUUACAAAAGUACAGCAUUCCUAUCGAUGAUAACAAUUAAAUAGAUUUUAAUUAAAAUUAACUAAUAUUGAUAAAUAUAUUAUAAACUUAUAAAUUUAUU